UUCAUGAGCAAAACAGCCGGUUUUAGGUUUUUAACAGAAAAACCCCUGUCAUUGAUAGGUCGGGGGCUGGAGCUUGAUUUAAAGGGUGUAGAAAUGGGGAAUAGAAGCAAAGAUCUUUUGAAGUCGGAAGAACAGAACGAACCCUCUUCCAUAGAGUCUAGCCUUCUUGUUUGCAACAACAAGGAUCCUUUAUCUCAGAAGAAAAAAUGUUGUACCAAUGAGAAGGGCAGUGAGAAGAUAUUAACAACUUCAAUUCCUACAAGCCAAGUACUUGGAAGAGUGAAGGACUUCUUGGGAGUUAUGGCUGAAGCUAAUAAGAGAUUGCAGCUUGAUGCACAGCAGAAAUAUCAAGGGGACUAUGACAUUGAAGUGCUAACCAGGAACGAAGGAGAAUAUAUUGAAAUGGAUCUGGUUUUGGGUGUUGCAGAUCUUCAUACUCCAGAAGCUGUAGCAGCUGCUGAAGCUACACUGGCUGGUUCUCACCCCAUUUUGCCUUCAUCUGUCUGUAGCAACGGCUCUGACACAGAAGACAGUGAUGACGAUGAUGAUACAUGCUCACUGAACAAACUUCACAAACAAAAUUCAGAUGGCGAAGACUCUCAGAGUUCUGAUCAGCCGAAAAAGCGGCCAAAGAUUACUGAGCUCCACUGAAGCAUUCAAUCCAGAAUUGCAGCAGUUAAGAAAGCCACGGUCCAACCAAACUGACCCAUGAUGUGGUAAUUAUCAUACAAAGAGAGCAUCUAGUGAAGUGUUUAAGUGGUGAUUGGUUUGCAAUACCUGAACCAUGUGAUCAUGGAUUGUUCCGAAAAUGGGCCUCUAAGCAGCCCUACAUCGUCAAUGGUUUGAUAACAUUUCCUAUCACAGCUCAGCCCAGGACUGGCAUUCUCUGGUCAGGUUUUCAGGCUUGUGACGAGGGCAUAGGCCUAGGAUUCAGUUCCAACAUGUACUGGUUCAGGAUUUGGAUGUGUAAGCCUCCUGUUUUAAUGACAUCUGUGGCCAGUUAAGGCAUGCAUUAUACAUUUUGGGUGUUUGAAGUUUGUACGGGAAAUGAAAUUCUGUGAAAACACUCAAAAAGGUUUUAAGUCCACAUGGUUCUGUAUUAAAAUUCAGUCUGAUUCUCCCUCAA